CACGAAGACAAGCAUUCCUUGUAUCCGGUUUUCCGGAUACUGUAUUGCAUCGUGGAUUUACCGAUGGCGGAAGACUUCCGCCGCCGCUUGGACAACAACGUCGAGUCGCUGAUCGAGAAUUACCGUGGCCUGGUCACGGUGAGCAAAAUCAAGGACCGGACGCAGACGUCGAGACAAGCGCUACAGAGCUCCGUGUAUGCGACGACGUUAGUCCAUGCAGGGGAGUCGCUGUUGAAACUGAUCGCGGAACUCAAGCUGUCCCUGACACUCAACGAUUUCGAAGGCAUCAACCAGCAGGUGGACGCGACAUACGAGUCCCUCAAGGAGAAGUGCGAUGACGUCGACACGUCCAUUGAACACUUGUGCUCGGACGUCGCGGCCGCCUUGUUCGAAUUGGAGAAUCAUUACGCGCAGAGCAAGUGGCGUAACGCCCCCACCGGAGCGACGACAGCCACCGAACCCACUGUCCUUCCAUAGAUGGCGCCGCACACACCAAGUAAUAACUUUAUUCUUCGUCUUCCUCUGAGUCUCC